CCUUCUCUUUUGCUCGCCGUGAAACUAUGGCGAGCAGAAAUAGUACAGCCAACAACAACAAAGAAGCCGGAGCUGGAAGUUGUGUUGUUUCUUUGACAGAUGCUACGUGACCGUAGCGACCAUAGUGUUUCACGGCGAACGCAGAGCUUCAACCGAUUCCCGAAAUCCCACCCCCGCGCGACAGCAGCCAGCGUGUCAGCACUUUCUCAAAAAGGGGUAGGGAGGGAGGGAAGGGUUACAUUCUCUGGAGGCAGUACAUCAUCACCAGUGCACCACCAACACACUUAUGCGCGCGAACGUACGCGGUUGCCGUCGCUAGCGAGCGCAUUCGGUCGGAACCACGCUGGGAAGUGCUGCGCGAAAGAACGCCGCGCGCGUAGCGGACGCAAGGGACGGACAAGAAAAAGGGCAACAACACACCCGCACACUUCUUGUGACAUUUGGUGUGGUUUCGACGUGUUCGGUUUCUUCGAUUUCGAGACGGAGUAGUGUGAGCCGGUGUGUCACGGUAGCGGCUUGCAGCAGAGCGUGUAUAUGCCUUUAGUUGUUGCGGUCGGUAGCGUGAUUGCAUUGCGCAUUGUGUGGAGCAAAACGCUCCUAUCACGUGUGUGUGUGUGUGUGUCUGGUGUUCUUUGGAAGCUGUCGAACCAACACCCUGCCAGAAGAGAGGGAACAGUGAAAGAUAGACAGCACUGUGGUUACACAGUAAAGCCGGUCCCCUGCAAAGAGUGUGAAUAGAAUGACUCCACUUGGCAAGAUGUCAUCGGUUUGGCUGACCAGUGUUUCGGUCUUCCUGCUGCUGCUGCUACAACAACCACCGGUAGACGGUGAGCUAUUUACCGCGUUGGCCGACAUGGAAGAGCUGCUGGAAACAGAAGCCGUACUCAUCACCAAUCUCGACAACUAUGUCCAGGCGCAGGAAGAAAAGCUGAUGCAGUUACGGCAAAAAAUGCACGAAUACCGGCGCGAGCAUACGGAGGCGGCAAGGGAUGUCAGUGCCUACCUGUCGAACCCGGUUAAUGCGUUUCUGCUGACCAAGCGGCUCACCACCGACUGGCGGUACGUGGAGAACCUGAUGACGUACGAGGUGGGAAAAGAGUUUCUUGAGAACGUCACCGCCUACCGAAGCGUGCUCAAGUUCCCGUCGGACGAGGAUCUGAACGGUGCGGCGGUGGCGCUGAUGCGCCUGCAAGACACCUACAACCUCGACACAGCCAGCCUCGCCCGUGGCAUGCUGAACGGGGUGCAGUACAGUACCGAGCUGUCGGCGGGCGACUGUUUCGAGCUCGGGCGGCAGAGCUACCUGAACGGAGACUACUAUCACACCGUGCUGUGGAUGCGCGAGGCGAUGGACCGGCUGACGAGCGAGGUGAACCGCACCGCCACCAAGGAGGAUGUGCUCGAGUACCUCGCGUUCUCCACAUUCAAACAGGGCAACAUACAGACGGCACUCUCAAUGACAGAGGAGCUGCUGGAGCUGGUGCCAGAUCACGAGCGGGCCGUCAGCAACAAGGCGUACUACGUGAAGGAGCUCCAGAAGGAGGCCCAGCAGAAGAUACUGCGCGGUGACGACGGUAGCGAGGAGGUGCCGGUUGACACGACCACGAAGAUCCAGAAGGAGGCGACACCACAUGUGUACGACACCAACGAGCGCAAACUGUAUGAGCAGCUGUGCCGGGGCGAGCAGCAGCCACCGAUCGAGCUACGUUCGCAGCUGGUCUGCCGGUACACCACCAACAGUUCGCCGUUCCUGCGCAUCGGGCCGCUCAAACUCGAGGAAGCGUACCUGCGGCCGUACAUCGUCAUCUACCACGACGUAAUGUCGGACCGCGAGAUCGAGCGCAUCAAGCAGUACGCCCGGCCCCGGUUCCGCCGGGCGACGGUGCAGAACUACAAAACGGGCGAGCUCGAGUUCGCCAACUAUCGCAUCAGCAAGUCGGCCUGGCUGAAGGACGCGGAGGACGAGAUGAUACGCACGAUCAGCCAGCGGGUCGAGGACAUGACCGGGCUGACGAUGGAAACGGCCGAAGAGCUGCAGGUGGUAAACUACGGCAUCGGGGGCCAUUACGAGCCGCACUUUGACUUUGCCCGCCGCGAGGAGCGAAACGCGUUCAAGAGCCUCGGCACGGGCAACCGCAUCGCAACCGUGCUGUUCUAUAUGAGCGACGUAACGCAGGGUGGCGCCACCGUGUUUCCCUCGCUGCACCUUGCCCUGUGGCCCCGCAAAGGGACGGCCGCUUUCUGGUUCAACCUGCACGCUUCGGGCCGGGGUGACUACGCGACGCGGCAUGCCGCCUGUCCGGUGCUCACCGGCACCAAGUGGGUGUCGAACAAGUGGAUCCACGAGCGUGGGCAGGAAUUCCGGAGACCGUGCGGGCUGCAGCUGGAUCACUCGGCGGAAGAGUUCUGAUAGCGGCCCGAGAGAGCAAGUGUCGCACGCGAGCCACCCGAUAAGUGAAAGCGAUACGAUACACCAUGACCCGAAACCAAAUCGAAUCUGCCAUAGCGUUUAGUUUCUCCAUGUAACCAGUUUUUUAGGAAAUUUAGUUUUUAAACUUUAGGAUAGUAAACUCGAGCCUAUAAUCGGCUUAUUACCGUUGUAUUACAGGUUAAGACGGCGAAAUUGCGACCGACGCCAUUAGCUGCCGGCCAGAGCAAUAGGCUGACGCCAUACAUAGUCUAGAUUUUAUUUUUUUGGUUCAAUUAACAGCAGACAGAAAUUAGAUGCAUUUCAGCAAGAAGGUUUCCGACAUGGAAACGCUAUGAAAAUUCUCACAACUUCUUGCCAACUCCUUUUCACUUGUUCCUGUAGAAAGGAACAGGCCGCAUUACUAACCCCUUUUUUUAAAUAGCAGUUAAUGAUUUUACUCGCGAACCUACGAUUAAGCUCGUUUUACCUAGUGCAAUGUUUUGUUCCUCUUACUUACCUUCGCACACCAUCCAUCAUUCGAUAUCAAUUGAAGAAGAGAGCAUUCAUCAUCAUCUUAAGACGACAACACCAAAAUGGAAAAGAAAAGGU